AUGACUGGUCUCGAGAAGAAAACACUCCUCGAGACCAAGGCCAACGUCUUUAGAGGUCUCUGGGACCAGAGCCACCCCAGGGGUUGUGACCGAGACUCUGGAGUCCUCCUGGUACUGGCAGGCCUGUGCUGCCUGGUCCCCAGCUCCCCGGUUAGAGAUCCCCAUGAGGACGAACUUGUCAACCAUGAUCACAGCUUCAAAUACCAAUCUUUCUGCUCAGGGUUCACGGAUUUCAGCAGCAUGGUCGACGUCUACCGAAGAACAACCCAUCAGUCAAACACCUCCAAUGUCUUACUGUCCCCAAUGUCCAUCACAGCGGCCUUUGUGGUUCUCUCCUUGGGGGCUGAAGCCGAUACCAGCGCCCAGAUCCUGAGAGGCAUUAACAUCAACCUCUCGGAUGCAUACAUGAAUGUGAUCCUGACAUGCUACCGAGAGUUAAACCUCCUCUCCGAGUCAGAAAACUAUCAACUGCCAUUGGUCACUGGCACCAGCCUGUUCAUUGACCGGAGUGUGAAGCUAAGGAGUGGGUUUGCAACAGAUAUACAAAAUACCUACCACACUCACAUCUUACCCAUCACCUUCAGGGACUCCACCAGGGCCAAGGACCAGAUCAACAAGCACGUGGAGAAGGAAACUCAAGGACUAAUCCAGGAUUCAGUCGAUGAUCUCCCAGAAGGCACCGCACUAGUCCUUGUCAAUUAUAUCACCUUCCACGGCAAAUGGAGCAGUGCCCUGGAGGGGAAGCGCAUCGUGGAGGAAGACUUCCAUGUGGACAAAGACACCACCGUCAGGGUGCCCAUGCUCAACCUCCUGGGGAUAUUUGACCUGCACAGAGACCAGAACUUAUCCUGCUGGGUGGUACUGGAGCAUAUGAAGGGAGGAGCCACCGCCUUCUUCUUCUUGCCAGACCCCGGGAAGCUCCAGCAGCUGGAGGAGACACUCACCUUCCAGCACGUGAAUGACAUCCUAAAGACCUCCACAGUGAGGUCAGUCAAUCUGCAGUUCCCCAAACUCUCCAUUUCUGCAACCUACGAUCUGAAGGAAGUCCUGAAUGACAUGAACAUCACGAAGAUCUUCAGCAAUGGGGCUCACCUCUCGGGAAUCACAAAACAUGCACCUCUGAAGCUCUCCAAGGCCGUGCACAGGGCGGUGCUGACCAUCGAUGAGAAAGGCACAGAAGCUGCUGGGAGCCCGAGUUUGGAAGACAGUCACUGGGCUACCCAUCACACUAUCAGAUUCAACAGGCCCUUCCUAAUAGUCAUCAAAGAGGAAUUCUCUGACUUUAUCCUCUUCAUAGCUAAAGUGCUUAACCCCAUGCUGAGAUAACUGUCUAUCUGCUCCUCCCCCAAGCUCAGCCCCUCCCUCCAGGACAUUAAAAAAAGGCUAUGCUGAGCCUGAUUUGCAAAUCCUCA